CCGCACACUCUUCAUCGCAACAGACAACUAUCCAGCAGACCAAUUCAAACCUCAUUCGCAAUGCGUUUCUCCAUUCUCCCGGUGCUUACGCUCACCCUCUUGGGCGGACUCGUGGCCGCUGAUUGCUGCAAAAAAGGCAUCACCUACUGCGGUAGAGGUCUUCUCAACAAGGGCAACUACUAUGGGGAGAUCACGACUGGCCUCAGCAACGCCAAUCAGCCAAAUGACGCGGAUCACGUGAACGACUCCUUGUUCUACUGCGGCAGCUGCACCGACACGCCAUACCAGAAGUUCUGUGGGGCAGGAAGAUGCGCGAAUGGAGGAUCGGGAAAGAACGACUACUGCCGCUAGACACAUCAGUGAACCACUGCCGGACAAGCAGAUACGUGUGCGGCUAUCCAUUGGGGCAGGUUUCGGUAUGCAUUAGGAGGAGAGGUGUGGAUCAAGUUGGUUGGGAGGAGUACGUAGGGAGAUAAUCGGACACUCAUUUAUUCAAUCAAUCUUGGACUGAAAGAUGAACUGUAUGACUUACA